AUGAAACAUUUUCUUACGUCAAGCCUUUGGCUUGUAUUGCUGUUAGGCAGCCGUGCUGCAGAUUCUCAGUCGACUGAAGCAGUCCCGAGCGCAGUCCAGCCCAUAGACAACGGCCCCGGUCCUGUUGACCCGCCAGAACCAUCGGCAGUCCCAGUAGAGCCCCCCGUAUUCGACCCGGCACCUACUUCACCUCUGGCCAACCCAGAGCCCACAGAGCCGUCUCUGCCCAUCGAACAACCCCCAAGUUCGACGGUGGUAGAAGGAAUCCUGCCCCCUCCGUCAACUACGCAGGCUGCUGUAGGACAGAGCUCCGCGCCCGUGGAUGGGCCUACGAGUGCCCAGGGCGCAGAAGUCACACCACAGGCGAGUGCGCAGAAUGAGGUCUCGGAAAGCCGGCCUCCAGCAGGCUCUCCGGCCCCAGCACCGACAAGGGAUACUCCUGAUUCAGUUACUCCACAGGAAGUCACAAGCAUGAGCAGAGCACCGGAGCCCAAUGCAAGCCCAGAGGCUACGACUACCAGUCCCGACGUGCCUGGUGGCGGCGGGGCGUCCCCGAGUCCUACGAACCCGAGGAAUUCUGGUAUAACUCCUUCAAGUCCCCCACGUGAAGCCCUGGGCAGUCCUGAUCAAUCACCAGUAAGCGAUAAGACUGGAACUCCGGCCACCACUGAUGAAGCAUCUCCAAGUAACAAGGCUCCCGGAAAUACCGACGGGAGCCCAGGCACCGCCAGUGAAAGGCCAGCACAGACGGAUGCUCGAGGCUCAAGUCCCAACGGUGAGACCUCUGCCACCUCUCGCGCCACCAAUGAAGAGGCAACAACUCGGGAUCAGCCUUCUGCAAGCACACGACGCGGAGGUGAUAACUUCCCACAAACAACAUCCACCUCUGUAAGAAUCUCGACUGAUACGACUCGUGCAGGAGAUUCUUCCAGUGGCAGCUCAAGACCGACGCAGAGCUCUUCCUCACUCGCGCCGCUUUCUACUGCUAAGCCUAGCGAUGGAACAGGGUUCCUCGGUAUUGACUUGUCAGACGGAACAGAAUCUUCUGAAGAGACCCCACCCGAUACUACUACGCCCGAACAACAUGAUGCCGAGGCUGAGGCAAACCUCCCCUUUACGGUCAUCUCUGAUGCAGACGCACAAGACGUCGCCAUUCUGGAAGCCGCGAUGUUCGAGUACUUUGUCGAAAACGAUGCUCAAAUUGGUGACGAUGUGCAGGUCACAAUUCCGGCUGUGGCGUCAAAUUGUGAUGUUGGCCUGACUAGGCGGGGUAUGGAAGAGGAGAGGUGGCCGGGUAGGUUCAAGUCACCCAUUGCCCAGAGACAGGCAAAUUGCAAGAUCGUCACGAGCUUGGAUUUCGAUUUGUACUUUCACUAUAUGUUGCCGAGCCAGACUGCCGAGCGUCCGAAUCAGUUAUCGGAGAGGAUCACAGCUAGUGUAAGUGGGAACCGCAUCUCUUUGCUGCUCCGUGUAGUCUUGAUCCCACCACUGACAAUUACAAGGCCGAAUAUGUCCAGUCGGUAUUUGGACUUCGGAACAUAA